AUGGAUUCACAGUUCCCGGCUUCUCGAGAAGAACUAUAUCAUGUUCAAAUGGACGUGAAGCAUGUACAAGCCGUACAAACCAACCAUUCCGACCGCCUCAUAAGACUGGAAAAGCGCCAAGCGGAUGAUGCCGCCCUCAAAUCUGUCUGGGGUACAAACUCACCGUUUCCUGGCAUUCUGAGCGGUACCCCCCAGCAUGGUCCCGUUCACAACUCUUCUACAGACAUUUUCGAUGGUUUCGACGAUCAAGAAGAGCAAAACCUACUUGGGAAUCUUCAUCUGGAUAAUGACGAUGAACCAGUGCGUAGAGGUGCUUCCAGAGCAAACAGCGUACGUUUCGAUGUAAGCGCUCUGCAGGGAUCGCAUUGGGCGCAAGCUUCGAGGUCAUCUGGGGAACCUGGUCUCAUUCGUCCGACUAGUGGGUUUGGAAGUCAUCCUAUGACAGAGCGCUCUUCAUCGCAUAAGUCUGAUGGAAGGCAUAGUUCUGCCGGUCACUCUGUUCAUUCAACCCAUUCUGUUCCGUCUGGACGCACAAGUAGUCUAGGUUUGGAUACUAAUUUUAUGAUCGGCGACCCAGACGACGAUUCGCCCUUGGAAAUACCGGAUCCUCCUCCAGGUCUAUUCAUACUGGGAUCAGUGCCUUCUAUUAUUAGAUGUUGGCUUACGGUCAAUUUUUCCCACAGCGCACUUCUCUAUGCCGACAUAUGUACAGGCUCUCAAAAAUCCGUUCUUGACUAUUCGCUUGUGAAAGAACUUGGCUUGACAGAUCGAAUGCAAAAGGAUCAUACAAAGGGACGCUACGUUAUCAGGCUACCCGUGUAUCUCCCGGAGGCAAUUAUAACGCAGUCACCCUCCAGAUCGAAUAGUCCCGGCCCUCAAUUGCCCACUCUUACAGCUGAUUUCGAGGUAGUUGGAAUGAACCAACGAUCCGCUUCUGAUCUCAAGAAGUCUAUACGCGUAUUUCUUGGUAGUGAUACCCUGCGUGCGCACAACGCAGAUAUACUCUUCUCGCAGAAUCUUAUGACACUCUUCGGCGAAAAUCGCAACAAACUGUCAGUACCAUUCGUUCGGCCCGAGAAUGAACUUUUCUUCAAGCACUUGUGUAUCGCCAAUAUCCCGCCUGAGAAGAAUGAACUUAAAGCUACGGCUCGUCCUUUUACUCCCAACGAACAACGAUCCAAAAUCGAAUCUACGGGCACAAGCAAUGUAGUAGAAGGCUCGCGUGGUGAUCAUGUCAAUCCAACGAACUCAGAUAUCCAAUCCCAAGGCCUUACAAAGUCUCAAACUAAUCCUGCUGCUAUAUCUUCCUCGCCUGUUCUUAGCAAUGCCCCUGCGUCUGAACCUGAUGUUUCAAUAAAGGGCAACGACAAUAUAUCAGACUCAGAAAAGCUAUACAAAUCGGAUCAAAGCGUCACCGCUGCGGACAAGGUCGAUUCCACCGAUAUCAUUGGAACUCCCAAACGUGAAGCACCGAUAGGAGCUCGGGGCUCAUGGCGGCAAGGCAGUACCCCUUUAACAUCCGAUUACAAUGGUGAUUCUACAAGCGGUCAUCAAAGAACGGUCCGUGGAGGUCGAAGUAUGAAGGUCCUGAAAUCAUCAAAAUCCAUUUCAUCGCCAUCGGCUAUAGCUGCACUCCGUUCAUCGUCGAGUACAAGGACGGGUGCAGCGUAUGAAGCGGCGCCUUCGCGAUCAAUGGGGGACCUCAAACGACUGGAUCAACCUAAUGGGACUGACAAACAACAGCUUCGUUGGGAACCAAAGGGAGUAAGUUUGGAGGAACCGAAGAGCGCUAAAGUGAUUACAACUAUUCCAAGAUCCUCAAAUCCAGUAGGGGGUGCAUCAGCUUUUGCAUGGAUGAACCCCAGCAAGCCAAAGGCUUCGGCCACUCCACAGACUCCUGAUAUGUGA